AAUCCCUUAUCUUUUCCAGCUUAACCGCAUCCCAACCCCAACCGCCAACAUGAAGUUCAUCGCUGUCGUCGCUGCCCUCACUGCCAGCCUUGCCAUGGCCGCUCCCACCGAGAGCAGCACCGAUACCACCUACAUUGCCUGCCCCAUCAGCCUCUACGGCAACGCGCAGUGCUGCGCCACCGACAUCCUCGGCCUCGCCAACCUCGACUGCGAGAGCCCCACCGAUGUCCCCCGCGACGCCGGCCACUUCCAGCGCACCUGCGCCGACGUCGGCAAGCGUGCUCGCUGCUGCGCUAUCCCUGUUCUCGGACAGGCUCUUCUCUGCAUCCAGCCCGCUGGCGCCAACUAAGCAACUUCAGCUGCUUUCCCCCGUUGCGAGGGGCAGCGCGAGCGCGAAGCUGGGCAAUGUCGAACUCGUCGUGUCUGGCCGUGAGAUACGAAGGGCACGCCUGUUCGACAUCGUCCUGCCUGCUUCCCAAGCAACACACUCUGGGCAUGCUGCAACAUAACUCACGAACUUCGUUGGGAUGAAUGGUGGAACAGCUGUCAGCUAUUAUUAGUCUCCCUUGGUUCCUUUGGUGUCACUUUGGCAAACAAGAUCUGCACGCGCGGGUCUCAAGUUUUCAUUGUUUUGCACCAUUGGGAAAUAGCGGGCAGCUUCUCGACAAUCCGUCCGCCUUGGCUGAAAAGGGGUUUUUUUUUCGUUAUCAAGCUGCGAUGUACUCUUCUUCCUAUAUAUUCAUCGCGCAAUAUACACACCUUGUAACGAG